AUGUCUGAAGUACUGAUGACAGCAACAGACGAAAUAUCACCGUGUCCACUAAAAGCAGAACCGCGUCUUGAUGGUGCACGGAGCUUCCUGUUGGUGGAUGACCAGGAAAACCUGCAGGUCCACAAUGAGGCAGAUUUUGUUGAGAGGCUCAACUGUUCAGAUGUGGGAGGUGUCAAAGUCCUGUCUAUCUUUGGAAACACAGGGGAUGGCAAGUCACACACCCUGAACCACAUUUUAUUCAAUGGCGAGAGUGUGUUUUUUACCUCCAAGUCCUCCAGCUCCUGUACGGUGGGUGUAUGGGCUGCUUACGACCCCUCCCUCAGUUUGGUUGCCCUGGAUACCGAGGGCUUGUUAGGGGCAGCUGCCAAUCAAAACCAAAGAAUGAGGCUUCUGCUAAAGGUCUUGGCAGUGUCAGAUAUAGUUAUCUAUCGAACGCGAGCCGAGCGUCUGCACAACGACAUGUUCCAGUUCCUAAGCAGUGCAUCGGCGGCCUAUCUGAAACACUUCACCCCUGAGCUUAGAGCCCUGUCAAGUCGUUGCGGUCUGGAUGUGCCCCUCUCGUGCCUUGGUCCUUCGGUCAUUGUUUUUCAGGAGACGACUCACACACAGCUGCUGGGCCAUGAUUCAAAGGUGGCUGGCCAUGCUGACAUGCAGUUGCAGAGGCGGUUUCAUGACCUGGGCUUGGCAACUGAUGCCUUCAGCUCUGUACAGUACAUUGGCACCCAAACCAUCACACCUCCGACUGAUUACACCGGAUUGCUGGAGGCUCUUAGACAGCAAGUGCAAAACACUCACACACGUUCGCCCCGCCACCCUAGCAUUGUGUUUCACGCUUUUGAGGCUCUCAGUGAACGAUUUUGUGGUGACCUGUCAGAUGACAAGCUGAAUCUGUACACCUUCUUCCCCGACGAGUAUUUCACCUGCUCUGCUGUUUGCCUCAGUUGCAAUAUUCGCUGCAAAAAUGGAAUGAACCACUUGCGAGACAGGGUUCCCCACAUGGCAGAUGGACUUUGCCAGUAUGCACACCAGUACAACAACAAAGUCCUUAUCUGUAAGAGGUGCUACGAAGGUGGCAGAGAGGUGACAGUUAUGCCUAAAACCUCAGCGUCGUCUGACAACCCGUGGUUUGGUCUUGCCAAGUUUGCCUGGUCGGGCUAUGUGCUAGAGUGUGCCAGCUGUGGCGUCAUUUACCGCAGCAGACAGUACUGGGUAGGAAACCAGGACCCCGAGAGCAGUGUGGUGCGUUCAGAGGUCAAACACGUUUGGGAGGGGUCAGACACCUUCCUCAGCAACCACCAGAAUGCGGCCCAGAGAGUCCUGGAUGGGAUGAACUACGUGAUCCAGUCAGUGUCCGAGUACAGCACCGGCCCCACUAAAGCUGUCACUGCUUGGCUGACGGACCAGGUGGCGCCACCAUACUGGAGACCCAACACAGAGAUUACGGCUUGUCAUGGUUGUCACAAAGCAUUUGAGGAGGCGGAGCGCAAGCACCACUGUCGGUCGUGCGGCGAGGGUUUCUGCCACCUUUGUUCCAGCCAUCGCAUGCCGGUGCCCGAGAGGGGCUGGGGAAGCAGCCCCGUCAGGGUGUGUUUGGCCUGCUAUCGUCAGGGAGGACCACUGGAAACCAACAAUCAGGUGUACAAAGCAGAGCCUCGUGGUCUUAUUGCUCGCAGGGUUGCUGAGGUGGCUCAGUCCACUUUGGACAUUGUCAGCACUGCUGUGGACUAUCCACUCUGUUUUGUGAAGGACGUGGCUCGGCCAGACUACUGGGUGCCCGACCAGGAUAUCAGCCAGUGUCACCAGUGCUCCAAAGUCUUUACUCCAGUCAUGUCCAAGCAUCAUUGCAGAGCUUGUGGUCAGGGCGUGUGCGGUGCCUGCUCCACACACAUGAAACCUGUACCCUCAAGAGGGUGGGACCACCCAGUGCGAGUGUGUGACAACUGCAACGCCAGCACCAAUAUUCUCUAA